AAGCACAACAGAACACCUUUCAUCUUAACAAGGAAAUGAAAGCUUUUUUCUCUUGCCGGGAAUUGCCCCUAAUGAAAUAAAUCCUGUCAUUUGAUACCCAGAAAUCAAAUUCUUGCGGAUGUUUGUAAAGACUUUCUUGGCAUCCAUCCGCUUCUCUGGAACUUGCAAUAACCAGGGAGUGAAAGCAAAAUGACCGUCCUGGUCUUCAUCGCGUCCGUGUUCCUGCUCUCCCUCCUGCCCGCGGAAGCUGCAAGGAGCAAAUACCCGCCCAAAUCGGCAAUUUUGAAGCCCAUCUUUGGGCCGAGGGAGGUGACCGGUUUGCUGGACGGAUCCGUCAGCGUGAAAUGCUUCUACCCCCAAACCACGGUGAACAAGCACGACAGAAAGUACUGGUGCAGGGAGGCGACGAGGAGCUGCCAGACCAUCAUCUCGUCCAACGGCUACGUGGCCGCGAGCUACGAAGGGCGAGUGUCCAUCACGGACUUCCCGGAGCAAGGCGUGUUCCUCGUCAACGUCUCCGGGCUGUCCCUGGCGGACGGGGGCUCCUACCGAUGCGGCCUUGGUCUCAACAACAAAGCGCUCUCCUUCCAAGUCAAGCUGGACAUUUCUGAAGGUCCAAACGUGCCCGAGGAAGCCGAGCUCUUCUACGUGGAGCUGCACGGCUCUGUGACCAUCACCUGCAGCUUCGGUUCCGAGUACGAGAGCACCAGGAAAUACCUGUGCAAGUUGGAGAAAUCCGGCUGCCGAAACAUCAUCGAUACCUACGGGAAGGUGGAUGACGACUACGCGGGGCGCAUUUUGUUGAGCAAUGAGAACACCGCGGGGUCGUACAGUGUCAUGAUCACCCAGCUGGGCUGGGAAGACGCAGGGCUCUAUCUGUGCGGUGCUGGGGUCUACGAAGAGAGCGGAGAAACCAAGGAAGUGGAUCUGCACGUCUAUGAAGGGACAGACGUUCCUCAAGGAAAACACACAGUACUUGGGGUGAAAGGAGGUUCGGUGACCAUUGAAUGCCACUAUAAUGCUAAAGAAAGAAGCUCAUUGAAGUACUGGUGCAAGUGGAGAAAGAACGGGUGCUCCCGGAUAAUAGGCAGCAAUGGGUUUGUGUCAGACCAGUAUGAAGGAAGAGUGGCCAUGUACGAUGACCCGGAGAACAACACCAUUACCAUCAUCCUCAACCAGCUGGCAGACAGUGACAACGGCUAUUACUGGUGCAUGACAGAUGAAAAGAGGGAGAAGAAAACAACGAAGGAGCUGAAGGUUGUGGAUGGGCAACCCAGUUUAACAGGAAUGGAGGAGGUGGAAGCCAGCGUGGGUGCCCCGGCACAGCUAGCUUGCUCUUACCCAUGCAAGUACUACUCCUAUGAGAAGUACUGGUGCAAGUGGACCAGGACCGGCUGCACCCCCGUGGAAGCUUCCAACCAAAGUCACUCCGAGCUGAACGUUGACUGUGACAAGGCCAACAAGACCGUUCUCCAAAAUUUUGACCACGUGGCAUUGACGGACCAAGGCUGGUACUGGUGCGGGGUGAAGCGCAACGGUGUCUACGGGGAAACCAGGGCCACGUACCUGCGGGUAUCCGGAGCGAGUCUCCCUGUGGAGAACACCGCUGAUGCCGGCCCGGAGCUCUUGGAUGUGGAUGCCCCCAGCAGCACCCGGGAGAGCCGCGUUGCGGUCCAGGACAGCCGCGUUGCGGUCCAGGACAGCCGUGCUGUGGUCCAGGACAGCCGCGUUGCGGUCCAGGACAGAGCCAGCAGCAGCGGGGCACAAAGCCCAGCGGCCGCGGGGAGCGGUGGGCCCAGUUCGCUCGUGUUAGCCCUUGUCUCCGUUGGCGGAGUCCUCGGGAUCCUGGCUACGGUUUUUGCUGUUUACAAGUACAGGCAGAUAAAGCGCUCGGAGCUGGUUUCAGGGGAGGCGGAGGAGGCGCCGCGGGAGAUGUCGGACUUCGAGAGCGCCAAGGAGUACGGCGCCAACGACAACGCCUGCAUGACGGGGACGCAGGAGACGCGGAUUGGGGGGGACGAGUUCGUGAGCACCGCGAGUGAGCCCGAGAGCGCCGCCGAGGCCAGGAAGGCCAAAAGGAGCUCCAAGGAGGAGGCCGACGUCGCCUACUCGGCGUUCCUGCUGCAGGCGAGCGCCGUGGCGCAGGGACACGGCACCGCGCUCCGCGUGCCAUUCCCCUGGGAGGGGAGACUGGGGGCCGCACGCCGGACCCGCUCCUCGCACCGCCACGGAGCGCUCUGCUUCAAUCCCUUCCAGGUCCUGCUGGGCUCUAUAGAAAAAGCAUAA